AUGGAAAAAUGUUUCAGUGAUAUGAUUCAUAGAAAUAAAUAAAGAACAUGCAAUGAUAAUUGGUUUAUCACCCUUUAUUGAUUUGAGAAUAUAAUACAUGACAGUGGGAAAGACACUACAGACAAAAAGGCACUCUAUAGUGAUUUUCUUGUGCAUGUUUCUAGUCCUUCCCAAUGCAUUCUUGCUUGCUAGGAUCCUGAUAAGUCUUCAUUAUCAUGAGUUAAUAAUUAGUAAAUAAUAUAGUUUUAGCCUUAACUCAUGAUAAAUAGACUUAUAUUUGUGUUAAAGUGUGAAAUGUGGUUUUCAGUUGAUUAACGUGAAUUUUUGGGUAAUUAUGUGAUUUUAUACGAUUUUUAUAGUCUUACUUUUGAGAUAAAUAAAGAAAAAGAAAUAAAACUAAAAUAUUGCAAAAUGGGGGACCCGCCGGCCAGCCGGGCCCGCAAGCGGGUCGGAAGCUCAGUCGAGGAGUAGCCACGAGCAGGGGCUCGAGCAGCUUGGACUGAUAGGGGCACGUGUGCGCCACUCCCCUUCCACAUCACCGGUGGCCAACCGGCUGUGGGGCAAGGAGUGGUCGUACAUGCGAGAGAAGGGACUUUGCUUAGAAAGCUAAUAUUACUAUAUAUUCGCCUGAAAAAUUGGCGCACAACCGAUGUGGAACUAAACCCGCGUCACACCUUCCUCAGAAGGGGCAGACAACCGGUGCGGGUUCGAAUCCUUCUAGAGUCAAAAUUCAUAUAUUUUUAUCUGAUUAUCAUGACUUUCCUGCAGAUCGCCGGUGAAGGAUUAAGCAACCAGAAUCGCUGGAUCAUCGGCGAAAAUCUCGUCAACGCGAUUCGCGGAGCAUUGCUACAAAAAUUGUUGAACGAUUCGCGAUAAAAGGAUCACAAAUCCAUCGAGUAAAUCAUCUCCGAUUGAUCGACGAACAAGCCAUUGUCGGGAAGAGGACGAUCCGCCAGGAGAUGAGUCGCCACCUCCUGAGAGCGUACCAGAUGCGAUGAAGAGCCUCCUCUUGCUACGCGGACCUGAGGAUGAAGCUCCCUAACACGCGCCCCACCUCUAUCCAACUCCUCUUCGUCAGGUGAUAGCCGUCGGAGAGCUGCAAAGUCGCCAUUUUUCCGCUCCGCCAGGUGACAGCCGCCGGAGACGACUCGACGACCCAUUUCAUUAAUCUCUAGACUUUGCGAGAAGAUCUAGAGAUUGCUCACGUCGUCUUUGUCCAAGGAGAGCCUUCGAGGCCGUGGACACUGCAUGACGAUCCUCCCAAACGCUCAGGAUUCCGGUGCAUCGCUGACGCAUCGCCGUCGCGACGCCGGAACUUUGUUUUCCUACUUUCAAUUUAAUUUACGCUUCAUUUAG